UUUCCCAAAAACUCAUUUUUCUUCCCUCAGUCCUAUAGGCCACUGCCUCAUCCACCCACCCCUAAACUAAAGUAGAAAACAACAAAAGCCACAUUCUUCUCUCAUCUCUUUUCUCACAAAUUCCCUCCAAAAUUUACAUUACUUAGCAACACUCAUUUCACCAUUUUUAUAUGAUACUAGUAUAACAUAAACAAUUAAACAUCUUUUCUCUUUGCAUGAAAAGCCAUGCAACUAUUCAUCUUCUUUUUGAGUAGUCUGCCUUUCAUAUUUGCUUUAAAUCAAGAUGGGCUAUAUCUGCAAAGACUGAAACUUUCUCUUUCCGACACAGAAGGUGCAUUUUCUUCUUGGUCUGAACAUGAACUUACCCCCUGUAACUGGACAGGUGUCACCUGUAACGACGCGCCGUCUCCCUCCGUUAUCGCCGUUAAUCUCUCCGGCGCUUCUCUAGCCGGACCCUUCCCUAUAUUCCUCUGCCACCUCACUUCACUUUCAUCCCUCUCUCUUUCCAAUAAUCUUAUCAACUCUAGUCUUCCUCUUUCUAUUUCUGAAUGUCGUAGCCUCACUUACCUUGACCUUUCUCAGAAUCUCCUCGGCGGCCCUAUUCCUGAAACAAUUGCUCAUCUCCCUUACCUCAGAUACCUUGAUCUUAGCGGGUGCUAUUUUACGGGAGAUAUUCCGGCAAGUUUCGGAAAAUUCCAGCGACUGGAGACUCUUAUACUGACUGAAAAUGUUCUUACCGGUAAAGUUCCUGCUAUUUUAGGUAAUGUAACGAGUCUCAGGACAAUUGAACUCGCUUACAACCCAUUUGCACCGAGCCAGUUUCCUCCUGAACUUGGUAACUUGACGAAUCUUGAGACAUUAUGGCUAAGUAUGUGUAAUCUUGUUGGUUCAAUUCCACUUAGUAUUGAGAAAUUGAGUCAAUUGACUAAUUUUGAUGUGUCCAAUAAUAGACUCGUUGGAUCGAUACCAAGUACAAUUUUCCAGCUUAAUAGUAUUGUCCAAAUUGAGCUGUACAAUAAUUCCCUUACUGGAUUUUUGCCUAGUGGAUGGUCUAACUUGACGAGAUUGAGAAGAUUCGAUGUGUCAACUAACAAGUUAAAUGGGACUAUUCCUGAUGAGUUGUGUGAAUUGUCACUUGAGUCACUCAAUUUAUUUGAGAAUCAAUUUGAUGGUUUAUUUCCAGAAAGUAUAGCUAAGUCUCCUAAUUUAUAUGAGCUCAAGUUAUUCUCUAACAGAUUUUCAGGGUCAUUGCCUAGUGAACUAGGAAAGAACUCAGCUUUACAGUAUCUUGAUGUUUCGUACAACAGAUUUUCGGGUAAAUUCCCUGAAACUUUGUGUGAAAUGGGAGCUUUAGAGGAUCUUAUAGUAAUAUACAAUUCGUUCUCCGGGAAUAUUCCAGCUAGUCUUGGCAACUGCCGGAGUUUGAGACGUGUCAGGUUUCGGGGUAAUCAGCUAUAUGGGGAAGUCCCUACUGAGUUUUGGAGUUUGCCUCAGGUUUAUCUUUUAGACCUUUUUGGCAAUGCAUUUUCAGGGAAUAUAUCACACAUGAUUUCUGGUGCCAAAAACUUGUCUAACUUACAAAUUUCAAGAAACAGAAUCUCAGGGGUUAUACCUAGUGAAAUAGGAAAAUUGAAGAAUUUAGUUGAGUUUUCCGCGAGUCAUAAUGAGCUAACGGGAGAAAUUCCAGGCACACUAGUGCAUCUAGGUCAGUUAGGAACUCUCGAUCUUAGUUUCAAUGAGUUAUCAGGGGAAAUCCCCUUGGGAAUUCACACAAUGAAGCAACUAAGUGAGCUUAACUUGGCUAACAAUGGGUUUUCGGGGAAAAUUCCAGAUGAAAUUGGGACUUUGCCAGUGCUUAAUUAUCUUGACCUUUCUGGGAAUUACUUCUCGGGUGCAAUUCCACUCAGCCUGCAAAGCCUGAAGCUUAAUAAGCUAAAUUUGUCAAAUAAUCGGCUGUCCGGGACUGUUCCUGCAUUUUUUGAUAAAGGUGUUUAUAGACAUAGCUUUUCAGGAAACCCAAGUUUGUGUCAAGGUGUUGCUGGUCUUUGUACUGCAAAAGGUGGAGGAAAGCGUGAACGAUACCUGUGGGCAUUGAGAGCUAUCUACACAGUUGCUGGCUUUGUUUUUCUUGUUGGGAUUGUUAUGUUCAUUUGGAAGUACCAGAAGUUCAAGAAAAUUAAGAAAGGAAUCACUAUAUCAAAGUGGACAUCAUUCCAUAAGCUCGGAUUCAGUGAACUCGAAAUACCUUAUGGCCUAGAUGAAGCUAAUGUAAUAGGAAAUGGAGCUUCAGGAAGAGUUUACAAAGCUGUCCUAAGCAAUGGUGAGGCAGUAGCAGUUAAGAAGCUAUGGGAGAGAUCAGUUAAAGAUGAAACCAGUUUUGGUGCUCUUGAGUCUAAUAAAGACGAGUUUGAAAUGGAAGUUGAAACUCUGGGUAAAAUUAGGCACAAGAAUAUUGUGAGAUUGUGGUGCUGUUGUGAUACUGGGGUUAGCAAGCUCUUGGUAUAUGAGUACAUGCCGAAUGGAAGUUUGGGUGAUUUGCUGCACAGUUGCAAGUCCAAAUUGUUGGAUUGGCUGUUGAGGUUCAAGAUAGCUUUGGAUGCAGCUGAGGGGCUCUCUUAUUUGCACCAUGAUUGUGUUCCUCCAAUUGUUCACCGAGAUGUUAAGUCAAACAACAUAUUACUGGAUGGUGAGUUUGGAGCCAAAAUAUCAGAUUUUGGUGUGGCAAAAAUUGUUAAAGCAGCCAGCAAAGGUGGUGCCGAAUCCAUGUCUGUGAUUGCUGGUUCCUGUGGUUACAUUGCACCAGAGUAUGCAUAUACUCUUCAUGUGAAUGAAAAGAGCGACAUUUAUAGCUUUGGAGUGGUCAUUUUGGAGCUGGUGACAGGUAGAAGACCAGUUGGUCCAGAGUUUGGGGAGAAAGAUCUAGCUACUUGGGUACGCACCACCUUGAACGAGAAAGGAGUUGAUCAGUUGCUCGACCCAAAUUUGAAUUCCAGCUUCAAAGACCAUAUAUGCAAGGUUCUUGAUAUUGGUCUAUGUUGUCUUAACCACAUUCCAGCUAAUCGCCCCUCAAUGCGUAGAGUGGUGAAAAUGCUCCAGGAAUCAGUUCCUUAUAAUGUGCCAGGGAUGGUAAACAAGAACGGUAAACUUCCCCCUUACUUUUUUCCGAAGUCAGUCUAGUUAGAUCAAGUAAUAGAGCAGUAAUGUGUCCUGUCAACAAUUGGAAAGGAAGAAACUGCAUAAUGAAAACUAAGUAGUCUUAUCUAGAAUUAAGCAUCUUGUACUCUUUGGAUUCUGUACUCCUUUAUGAUUCUAUUCGAUCAAAAAAUACCAGGUAGGGUAUUGAAAGUUCUGGCUUUUUGACUAAAUUCUAAUACUAAGUAAAUUAUUCUUAUUUAAUGUUAAGUUUGUUCUGCUUCCUUCCA